AUGGACCAUGGUGACGAUAUUCACAUGGAGACUGAUACGGGUGAUGUGCAUCCAACAGAGGAGAAGGGUCUUGCACCGGAUAUUCAAGUCGGUAUUGGCAAUGAUAGCGGCGAUACGCUGAAAGCUUCAACCGAAGAGAUUGCGGAAGGAGGUUAUCAUUCAGGAGAAUCGAAGACUUCGGAUGAACGUCCGGUGGAUCCAACAGAGGAAAAGGGUAUUGCACCGGAUAUUCAAGUUGAUAUUGGCAAUGAGAGCGGCGAUACGAUGGAAGCUUCAACCGAAGAGAUUGCAGAAGGAGGUGAUAUUUCAGGAGAACCGAAGACUUCGGUUGAACGUUCGGGGAAACAUACUAUGGAAGAGCAAAAAUGUUAUGAUGAUUCAAAUAAUUCUGAGGUGCUAGAAAAUAUAGCAGAAUCAGAAAUGACUAACGAACAAGUUCACGUAGAAAAAACCGAGGAAAACACCAGCUCAACUGUUUUAGAGGAACCCCAGGCAACAGUUUGUAACGCGCAACCGUUGUCUCAGUGGUUGUUGCCUGAUGAGUAUUUACCAAGCCAAACCCCAGGGAAAGAAAUCAUGUUACAUCCAUCAGUCACACGAGCUACACGCCCCAGUAGUAGUUCGGGAAAGAAUCAUGUACAUGGGUUUGAUAAAAAAUAUCCAUUCCAGAUAGAUCCCAUUACUGGUCCACUUGAUGUACAGAUGGUGGAUGAAUACCGUACUUGGCUCCGAAACGGUCUGCUUGUGAGGCACGAUAGCAAAAAGAACAACGAAGACCAUUACAAAACAAAAAUGGCAGUUUUUGACAAUGGAGUCAAAUUCAAUUUUGGCAUCACAACUGUCAAUGAUAAGAACUCGUUUUACCUGUUAUCGAUGGAUGGUCAGCUUUGGAAUGACGAGCACAUUGACGUCAUUUUCUAUUACUUUCGGAAGAAAGGAAACUACGAUAAAAGGAACAAUUUCAGCUUCACCACUGUUGACUGCCUAAUCAAGCAGAGAAUUGAUGUGGUCCACCACGCAUAUUGCAAUGUUGAAACACAGACAAAUGUGGCAAAUGAAGAGCAAGUAUUGAUUGAGUAUGUUAAGGGCCACAUGCUUAUUGCCAAUGUCACGUGGCAUACCGUUGACAACGUGCUAAUACCGGUGAAUAUACAAGAAGAAAAUCAUUGGUUAUUGGUACUCCUUUCAUUCAAGGACAGGCGUCUGUAUGUUUACAACUCGUAUCAAUCAGCCAGGCACAACGCAGUUGUUAGGAAUGAAAUUAAAAAGAUUGCUACACUACUGCCACAUUUCCUACAUCUGGCUGGAUUCUAUGUAAAUAAAAAAAGCAUAGAUUUGGUGAAAGACCCAGCAUAUGCGGAUAAGGGACAGAUCGAUAUCCUUGAAGUUGUCUAUGUUGAUAAUCUUCCGCAUCAAACUGCUGGUAGUACGGACUGUGGUGUUUUUGUGGUAGCGUAUGCUGAGUAUUUGACAUCGGGUGAAAGGAUUCCAGAUGUCAUUGAUGCACACAUGCAGCGUAUGAGAUAUGGUGCACUCUUAUGGGACUACGCUGAAGGCAAGGUUGCUGACAAUGCAGAGAGUGAUAAUGAAGUUCCACCAAGACCGAUUAGGCCAGCAAUCGAUUACGACACUGUAGAUGCAAUUGAUGUUUGA